AAUGAACAUGCUCCUGGUAUUGAAAGGUUAGGUGAUUGUUAUAUACAAGGUAUUGGUACUUCUGUUGAUAAAAGAAGGGCUUUUGAAUUAUACUUGAAAGCUGCCAAUAUGAAUUAUAAUGUUGCGCAAUAUAAUGUUGCCACUUGUUUUGAAGAUGGCAUUGGAACAACAAAAAAUAAAGAAAAAGCUAAUGAGUGGUAUAAAAAAUCUGCUGAUAAUGGUUUUGAUAAAGCCAUUAAAAGGUUAGAAAAACCGUCUGAAAUUUCUCUUUUGGAAUAUGGAGAAAAGAAAAUCGAUGGAUCUAGCAUACAAUCAAGUAAAAGGGCUGUUUUUGUUGAUGUUGGAGAUUUGGAUAUAAAUUUAUAUCAAGGAGGACCUAUAGUUUAUAUUAAUAUAAACGAUUCUGAUAGUCCUACGAAUUCACUUGAUUUUGAAAAUCAUAACGGGAUUUAUGAUAAUUUAAAGUCAUCGGAUUUGUGCAUCAAUUUUCCGGUCGUUGAAAUCACUUAUAGAGCCGAUCCAGUAAAAUCAUUUUCAAAAUUUACGAGAGAUUUAGGAAAGUUACACGACCUUUAUGGUCAUUUUAUUGCGAAUAAAUUUUUGGUCGGUGGACAAUUAUUUAUCAAAAAUUUCAAUUUAACAACUUCGACACAAAAGGAUAUUUUAAAAUUUUAUUUAGUUUGGAUAUAUAAAUCAGCCAAAAAUAAUAAUGAAUUUCCGUUCGAUAAUAGUCCUUUUGACUUGGAUUUUUUACCAAGAAUAGAAACAUCAGACGGUGUAACGUUAGAUACUCUUAAAAAGUUGGUGAAUUGGAUGAGGCAAUUAUAUCAGGAUAAUGUAAUAGAUAUUAUUUCUUAUAUUAAUCUUAUUUCUGUAUCUCAAUUAAAAAGCGGGAAAUUAACAGAAGAUUUUGAGAAUAACAAACAUACUGGAAUUGCUAACUUUAGAGAGGAAGUAAAUUUCGAAAAGUGGGUUGGAAAUACGGAAUAUGUUAAAUUAGCAAAGUGGAUCAAAGAUUUUCACCUAUUUCAAGGUCUUGCAAUCAAUAAAUCAUAUAAAAUAGAAAGUAGUAAGAAAUUUGCCAUUAAAUUUAUGGAAGUUCCUGAAGUAAAUUUAAGAGACGAAUCUUAUUUUGAGAUAAUAAAUCCAACAUCAAAAUUGGAGGAAAUUUUCAUAUUCAAUAAGAUUUCCUCAGUUAAAAAUUCUAGAACUUUUCCGUUUAUUAAACUUGAUGAUUUUAAUAAUAUGAAUUUUAUUCAUUUAGUAGUUAAAUAUGAAAAAUAUGAAAUUCUAAUAAAUAGGGAUUAUAUAGAACCUUCAGAAGAGUUUAAUAACGCAAUCGAAAAAGCAUUUAAUGAAAUGAAACCAUUUAAUGCUUUACAAGCUGUAUUUGAUGAAUAUGGACAUUUAUUCCCAUUAAGAAUUAUCUUGGGGAAAUCUCUUAAAAACAUGUCAACCACAAAUUUUUUUGAUACUUUUAAAAAGAUAAAUUUAGAAUUACCAAUAACAUCCUUACACUCAUAUUUAAAUAAAUUGAAUAUUUCAUAUCUCACAACACAAAAAGGCUAUAUUAUUGAAGAUAAUUAUGAUGAUUGGUUUCAAAAAUCAAAUAAUGAUUUAGAAAUAAUUGAAUAUGAUGAGAUAAUUUCUUUGUACGAUAUUCUUGAAUCAGAACAAAAAAAGAAUAUAGAUUGUAUAUUAAGUAAUAACUUGAAAAUUAUCAUGACCGGAAUAAAUGAUUUAAAGAAUUUGGAUAAAGAUAAUGUCCAACACUUUAAGCGAAUAAAUAUAGAUUUGUCGUUGGAAGAUGAAAAUUAUGAAGUAUUUGGGUCAAUUAUUACAAAAAACAAUUUAAUGUCGAAAGAUUUUUUGGUAAAAUUUAGGUUAUUCGAUGUUAAUGGAUUUUCUUCAAUUAUAAAACCUUUAAAUAAUUCAAAGGUGGAUAUCAGAAAAUGUUUCAUUUUAUGGAUAAUUAUUGGAAAUCCCUUGAAAUUAUCGGUUUUUAGUCCAAAUAAUCGAAAAAUUCGAGUUGAACGUAUUGAAAAAUCUAUUUCAAUAAAAGCCGAUAAUUCAUUCUAUCGCAUUAAAACGCUUCCUUUAUCCAAAGGGAACACCAUUCUUAUUAAUGCAUAUUAUCCAUCUACCAAUUAUGAGCCCGUUAGUAUUAUUAAGUUAGUUAAUUGGGAAGAUGAAGCUAUUAACGUUCAAUUAACCUAUGAUGAAUCAAGUUUGGAUAGUUCAAAAGUUCUACUUAGUGGAGAUAAAAAUUCUUUAACAAAUAUCGAUACUUCUACUAAUAUAGACUUACAUAUCUGUAUCCUGCAUUCAGAUUAUGGAAGUUUAAAGAUUGAUAAUCAUGAAAAAGAACGUGAUUUGAACUUAUUUGGGUAUGUUUUAACAAGAGAAAAUUUGGAUGAGAAAUUUCAUGAAGUUGACAAAUUUGGUAAUAUUAAAGAUAUCAUUGAACAGCCUUUCAUAAAUGAUGAUGUUCAGCAGUUCUAUCAAGAAGGGUUGAGAAAAAAUGUAAUUGAAUUUAAUUCAACUUCUUAA